AGUCUGCGAAUUAAAACAAACGUGACCUUGCUUAAACAUCCCAUAAAAUGAAUUCCUGUACCCUUAAAAUUAUUUCCCUCUUCAUAAUCGCAGUUUCAGCUGCACCGAAUGUCUUUCUUGAAGAUGAAGCAUCCCCAAUUUUAAACAUUACCACUUGUGGCGGGUAUUUUGAGGCAUCCUCGGCUACGAUAAAUUUUCAAGUGGGGGGAUCCAUCCGAGCCGACAUGCGAUGCGUUUGGGUGAUUCAACCUUCCAACGUAUAUAAUCAAUUCACCCUGACUUCAUCAGGACUAGGAGGAAACGACGGGAUCUAUGUAGCCACUUAUCUCUACGGGAAUAUAUCAAGCCAACGAAAAAUAUCUGUGGUUGGCCAGAAUUACACCAUUGUUGGACGUCUCCUAAUUAUCACUCUUAGCGUGGGCCAUGCCCCAACUAUGGGAUUUUCCUUGUCAUUUUCCUCUUCAGGGGAAUCCGGCAGGCAAGUCUUGACUGGUUAUGCCGGACUGACGACAGCAUCCGGAAAUUAUUCGUACCCUGAAAACGGGGAAAGAUACGGUAACAAUGAAGACGCCUUGUUCCUCAUUGCCCCCACCGUUCCGGCACAACCCACGCUCCGAUUUACUUACGUGGACAUUGAGUUCGGCUCAGGAUGUCUGUACGACCAGCUCGCUGUCUUUACUUGGUUCGACAAUGAAUACAAGCAGACGGCAAGAUUUUGUGGGGACACUAUUCCUACCAGUGUCACCCUUGUUGGAGGUGCUGGUCUUGUCACAUUCAGUUCUGAUCGCUACAAUGCCUAUAGUGGAUUCAAGUUUGAAUGGCGAUCGCAGUCUCAGCUGCAUCAAACGUAUCAAACGCGAAAUGAAGAAGACCCCUCGCCAAUUUUAGCCAUCACCACAUGCGGCGGCCUAAUCGAAUCCUCCUCUGCUAUCAUAAAUUUUCAACUCAAGGGGUCCAUUCGUGCUGAUAUGAGAUGUAUUUGGGUGGUACAAGCCCCCUACGAAAAUCAACGAUUCACCUUGAUUUCAUCAGGACUGGGUGAAAACGACGGAAUUUACAUAUCCACUCACCGCCAUUAUGUUAUUACAGAACAGCAGAAAAUAUCGGUUGUUGGUCAGAAUUACACAAUUUCUGCGCCUCUCGUCAUUAUAACAUUCAGCGCCGGUCAUUCCCCCACGAAGGGAUUUUCCUUGUCGUUUUCCUCAUCCGGACUCCCCGUCCAGAAAUUCCUAACCGGUUAUGCCGACCUAACGACAAAAUCUGGAAACUAUUCAUACCCUGUGAAGGGGAACAGCUACGCAAACAAUGAAAACGCCAUGUUCUUCGUCGCUCCGGCGGUUCCGGGAUGUCCCACGCUCCGAUUUACUUUCGUCGACGUUGAGCCCCAUUCAUAUUGCGGGUUCGACUAUGUCAGAAUAUUUACUUGGCUUGGCAACCAGUACAAGCAGGCGGCAACAUUUUGUGGGGACAGGAUUCCUCCGAAUAUCACCUUUAUUGAAGGCGCUGGUCUCGUCAUGUUUCAUUCGAGUGACCGCUUGGUGAAGAGUGGGUUCAAGUUUGAAUGGGUUUAA